AUGCUGUUAGCAAAGCUUCUCCUGGCAGCAUGUGUCAUAACGCCAAUUGCUUAUUCCUGGACUGGUGCAACUAUUAGAAACCAUCCGGCGGACGUUGUCGCUGCACGUAACAAACUCUCGUCACGACACGUGGCAAGAGCCGAACCAACCAACAGCUACAUUCGACCAUGCUACUUCACCAACUGGGCUCAAUACAGGCAAGGACGUGCGAAGUUUGUGCCAGAGGAUUAUACACCAGGACUCUGCACACACAUUCUGUUCGCUUUCGGGUGGAUGAACGCCGACUACACCGUUCGAGCUUAUGAUCCAGCUGACUUGCCAAAUGACUGGGCUGGAGAAGGAAUGUAUAGAAGAGUGAACAAGCUGAAGGUUACCGACACUCAACUCAAAACUCUUCUCUCUUUCGGAGGAUGGAGUUUCGGAACUGCUCUCUUCCAAGGAAUGGCUGCAAGCGCUGCGUCUCGAAAGGUGUUCAUCGAUUCUGCUAUCACUUUUGUACGUACUUGGGGAUUCGACGGAAUUGACAUCGAUUGGGAGUACCCAUCCGGAGCGACCGAUAUGGCUAACUAUGUUGCGCUUAUCAAGGAAUUGAAGGCUGCUUGCGAAUCAGAAGCAGGAUCCACCAACCAAGAACGUCUUCUCAUCACCGCUGCCGUUGCCGCUGGACCAGCCACAAUUGACGCUGGAUAUGACAUCCCAAAUCUUGCUCCAAACUUUGAUUUCAUUCUUCUCAUGAGUUAUGAUUUCUUCGGUGCCUGGGCUUCUCUUGUUGGAUUCAACUCUCCCCUCUACGCUACCACCGAGCUCCCAGCUGAAUGGAACGGAUGGAAUGUCGAUUCGUCUGCCAGAUACUGGAACCAGAAGGGUAUGCCUAAGGAGAAGAUCAUCGUUGGAAUGCCAACUUAUGGAAGAGGAUGGACUUUGAACAAUGCGAGUUCUAUCAAUCCAGGAACCAGCGGAUCUCCUGCCAAAAUCACUCAAUACGUCCAGGAAGCUGGUGUUGGAGCCUACUUUGAGUUCUGCGAGAUGCUUGCCAGUGGUGCCACUCGUUACUGGGAUAGCCAAUCUCAAGUCCCAUAUUUAGUCCAAGGUAACCAAUGGUGGUCAUAUGACGAUGAGGAGUCGUUUGCUAACAAGAUGGCUUAUGUGAAGAGAGAAGGAUACGGAGGAGCAUUUGUGUGGACGCUUGACUUUGAUGAUUUCAAUGCCGGAUGCAGCAACUCCAACGGACAACUCUAUCCCCUUAUCAGUGUGAUCGCUAGAGAGCUCGGUGGAGUCACUAUUCCAAAGAAGGGAGGUGUCACUUCUGCUCCAACCACUUUGGCCACUACUGUGCCCACUACUGUAACCACAGGACGUCCACCAAUGACUUCCGCUGUAACCACCACCACCACAACUACUUGUGCUCCAGCUACAUCCACCAUAAAAUCUUCCAAUGUUUGUGCGGGAAAGGCUAACGGACAAUGGCCAGAUGUUAACAACUGUGGACGAUUCGUUUUGUGCAUCAACUCACAAUCCUAUAGCAUGGCUUGCCCAUCUGGUCUUCAAUUCUCCGCGUCUCUCAAGUACUGUACCACUGCUACUGCAUCGGGAUGCUCCGUGACCACUACCAGAGCCACUACAACUACCACCAAAGCUGCUCCAACUGUUAGAACGACCACUGUGACCCCAACAACCGCGACCGAGGCUUUCAAGUGUACCAAGGACGGAUUCUUUGGUGUUCCAAGCGACUGUCUCAAAUUCAUCAGAUGUGUCAAUGGACUUUCCUAUAACUUUGAAUGUCCAAAUGGGCUCAGCUUCCACGCCGACACUAUGAUGUGCGACAGACCAGACCCAUCGAAAUGUGCCAAAUAA